GUCAAUGUCAAUCAUACUGUCGAUUUCUUAAAACUAUAUUUCGUGUAUUGUACAAAAUGUUUAAAAAGGAUAUGAAUAAGUAUUUGGAUAAAUGUGAUCAUUUACAAAAAUUGGACUUUACACCAUAGCGGAAAUUCCACUAUUGUUUAUUUAAAUUGUGAAAUUACGUCAUUUAAUAUUGACACAAGUAUAUUGGGUCCAUAGACUACGUUGCUUAUCUCAUGAUUUGCUAUAUUUAUUUAGUUUAGUAGAUAUAAUUCAUACGUGCAAAUAAGUGAAUUCAAACAUACCUACUUUUUUUUAAAAAUGAUACAACUAAAUUGGCCUGCCCUUGGAUUUACUAUUUUACCAAACAUUGGCGGUAUCGCCGGCGGUUUUUUUACAAAAAGUAGUAUCAAACCAUGGUUAGAGAAUUUAAAGAGACCAAACUGGAGACCUCCAAACUGGGUGUUUGGUCCUGUUUGGACAACCUUGUAUAGUGGAAUGGGAUACGCUUCAUAUUUGGUAUACAGAGAUGGAGAAGGUUUUAAUGGAGCAGCGAAGCUACCACUAAUAGUUUAUGGAACUAAUCUAGCAGCUAAUUGGGCUUGGGCACCAAUAUUCUUUGGUAAAAAAGACCUACAACUGGCACUUAUUGAAAUGCAACUUAUAAACGGUACUGCUAUUGGUAUGGCAUAUCUUUUCUAUAAAAUUAACCCAACUGCUGGUUACUUAAUUGUACCAUAUUGUCUUUGGAUGGGUAUUGCAACAGCUUUGAAUUAUUGCCUUUGGAGGGAUAACAAACCAACACCUGAACUGAAAGGAAACUAAGUGUUUAAUAAUUUUUUAUUUUCAUUGAUUUUUUAGACACCCUUAAUCCAUUUUACUUUAUAUUCAUUGAUAUACAAUUAUUUUAAUAAAAAGUCUAGUAUAUUUUCAUUGA